GCAAGUCAACAUAUAGUCAGAUUACUUUGUGUGGUAAAGGAAACAGAGGAACCAGUUACUUCAGCUGCUGCAGCUGACUGAAGCAGUGUUACCUGAACAGUAUAGAGAGACAAGAGACACCAGUAGGGCAGCUCUUCUUCCUUUUGGGGCACUACAACCAUCUGAAGCAGAUCCUCUGAUUCUGGAAAGCUGAAAAUUGUCAAGACAACAGAAAAUGACCAAGAAGAAGACAGACAUAGCUCUAAGCUCUUCUGGUGGUCUUGUGAAUCUAGGGUUGGACUUGGGUAAUGACAUGGUUUCAGGACUCAGCUAUAAAACACACACUGCUGAAGACAGUCCUAGGAGCCAGGAGGCAAGGAAGCCUGAGGUGCCCAUGAGGGUAAACAUUCCCCCUUGGAAGAAGUACCAGGCAGCCUGGAGAACCAUGAUUCCCUUCCGUCCCAAAUCUAGGUUUCCUUCUGCUCACCCACUGGAUGAUGCUGGCCUGUUCUCCUACUUAACGUCAUCAUGGAUUACCCCAUUCAUGAUUCAAGGUUUACAGAAGAGAUUAGAUGAAUGCACCAUCCCUCAGCUGUCAGUACAAGAUGCCUCAUCCAAAAAUGGCCAAAGGCUCUGCCAACUUUGGGAAGAAGAAGUUUCAAAGCAUGGGACUGAAAAAGCUUCAAUGCUUCGAGUGAUGCUGAGGUUCCAGAGAACCAGAGUUCUUUUUGGUGUGUUUAUGGGCUGCUGCUUCUCUGUGGCAAGUGUACUAGGGCCAAUGCUGGUUUUACCAAAGAUCCUGGACUAUUCUGAAGAGCAAUUGGGAAGUGUUGCCUAUGGAGUGGGACUCUGCUUAGCUCUCUUUUUCAUCGAGUGUCUGAAGUCUCUGAGUCUAUGUUCAACUUGGAUCAUCAACCAGCGCACAGGCAUUCGGUUUCGGGCAGCUGUCUCCUCCUUUGCCUUUGAAAAACUAAUGCAAUUUAAGUCUUUAGCACACAUCACCACAGGAGAGGUCAUCAGCUUCUUCACCAGUGAUAUAAACUACCUGUUUGAAGGAGUGUACUAUGGCCCCCUGUUCUUGCUGGCCAGUUCCACACUGAUUGCCUCUAGCAUCACUUCCUACUGGAUUCUUGGACCUACUGCAUUCAUUACCACUUUAUGCUAUCUCCUGAUUAUACCAAUGGAGGUACUCCUGACCAGAAUAGCUAUAAACAUACAGAAACGUACAUCUGAGGUCAGCGACCAGCGCAUCCGUGUGACCAGUGAAGUGCUUACUCAUGUGAAGCUGAUUAAAAUGUACAUGUGGGAGAAGCCAUUUGCCACCAUAAUUAAAGACCUUAGAAGGGAGGAAAGGAAGCUGUUGGAGAAGUGUGGAUUUGUCCAAAGCCUGACCACUCUUACCUUGUUCAUCACCCCCACAGUGGCCACCACACUGAUGUUCCUCAUCCACACAUUCUUACAAUGGAAACUCACACCCAUAAUUGUCUUUACCACGAUGGCCAUCUACAACUCUAUGAGACUAAUUGUGUUCCUAGUACCCUUUUCUGUUAAAGGCCUUACCAAUUCCAGGUCUGCAAUGGAGAGGUUCAAGAAAUUUUUCCUCCAGCAGAGUCCUGUUUUAUAUGUUCAGGAGUUGAAAGACCCCAACAAAGUGCUAGCUUUGGAGGAAGCCACCUUGUCAUGGAAAAAGAUCUGCCCUGGAACUGCCAAUGGAGCAGGAGAGCCAGAGAGGAAUGGACAUACUCCUGGGGUGAACGGGGCUCAGACUGAUGCCAGAGAGAACUGUCUGAGUUCAAAGUUACACAAGAUAAAUCUGGUGGUAUCAAAGGGGAAGAUGUUGGGAAUUUGUGGCCGCACAGGGAGUGGCAAGAGCAGCCUGUUGUCAGCCAUCCUGGGGGAGAUGCAUUUGCUGGAAGGUUCUGUGAGUGUGCAUGGAAGUCUGGCCUAUGUUCCUCAGCAGGCCUGGAUCAUCGAGGGGAGCAUCCGGAGUAAUAUCCUCAUGGAAGACCCAUAUGACAAGGCACGCUACCUCCAGGCUCUCCACUGUUGCUCCCUGAACCAGGACUUGGAAAUUCUGCCCUUUGGAGACAUGACAGAGGUUGGGGAGCGGGGCAUCAACCUCUCUGGGGGACAGAAGCAGCGAAUCAGCCUAGCUCGUGCAAUCUAUGCUGACCGUGAACUCUAUCUGCUGGAUGAUCCCCUGUCGGCAGUGGAUGCUCAUGUGGGGAAGCAUAUCUUUGAGGAGUGCAUUCAGAAGACACUCAGGGGGAAGACGGUGGUUCUGGUAACCCACCAGCUACAGUAUUUAGAGUUUUGUGAUCAAAUUGUUUUGCUGGAAGACGGGAAGAUCUGUGAAAAAGGAACUCACAUUGAGUUAAAGCAGAAAAAGGGACGAUAUGCCCAACUCAUCCAGCAGGUGCCUAGGAAAGCCACACAGGACAGAUUUCAGGACACAGCACAGACAUCAGAUGCGCCGCAGGUGGAAAGGCAGCCCCACAUCACCUGUCGGGAAGAGCCAGUCAGUCAGGAUACUGCUGACCUAGUGUUGGAAAACCAGAACUUGAAGAAGGAGAAGAUGGAAAAUAUGUCCCUGAGAUGGAGAAUAUACCACCACUACAUCCAGUCUGCUGGAGGUUAUAUGGUCACUGUCUUGGUUUUCCUUCUCAUGGUGCUGAUUGUCUCCCUCACAACCUUCAAUUUCUGGUGGCUGAGCCACUGGUUGGAGCAGGGCUCAGGGAUCAAAAACAGUCAAGAGAGCAACUGGACCACUGCAGACCCAGGUGACAUAUUGGACAACCCUCAACUGACUUAUUACCAACUGGUAUAUGGCCUCAGUAUACUGAUCCUAGCCUGUUUAGGGGUCUGUUUUUCUGGAGCUUUCACCAAGGUCACAAGGAAGGCAUCCACAACAUUGCACAACAAGCUCUUCAGCAAGGUUUUGUGCUGUCCCAUGAGUUUCUUUGACACAAUCCCAACAGGCCACCUUCUGAACUGCUUUUCAGGGCGCUUGGACGAGCUGGAUAAAUUGUUGCCCAUUGUUACAGAACAGUGUCUGCUCCUAACCUUAGUGGUGGUGUCCACUGCACUGAUUGUCAUUCUGUUGUCUCCGUAUAUGUUGCUGAUUAUGGCCAUAAUAAUGAUUAUUGGCCUCAUUUACUAUAUGGUGUUCAGGAGGGCCAUCAGUGUGUUUAAGAGGAUGGAUAACCACAGCCUCUCUUCUGUAUGUUCUCACAUUCUCACCUCUCUGGAUGGCUUGAGCUCCAUUCAUGUCUAUGGAAAAACUGAAGGCUUCAUCAGGAAGUAUAAAAUGUUGACUGAUACACAGAACAACUAUAUGUUCAUGUUUCUGGUUGGCGUACGAUGGUUGGCAUUGAGACUGGAGUUCAUAACCAACCUGGUGACCUUGAUCGUGGCCUUGUUCGUGGUUUUUGGCAUUUCCUCUGCUCCCUAUACCUAUAAAGCCUUGGCUGUCAGCAUUGUUUUGCAGCUAGCAUCCAACUUCCAGGCUGCUACCCGGAUCAGUUCAGAGACAGAGGCAUACUUUACAAAUGUGGAGAAAAUACAACAGUACAUGAAGAUGUGUGUCCCUGAGGCUGCUGUGCACAUGAAAGACAAGAGCUGUCCCCCUGGAUGGCCACAGCAUGGGGAGAUUACCUUCCAGGAUUAUCAGAUGAAAUACAGAGACAACACUCCAGUCGUCCUCCGUGGCAUCAACCUGGAGAUCCACAGCCAGGAAGUGGUGGGCAUCGUGGGAAGGACAGGCUCUGGGAAGUCAUCAUUGGGGGUGGCUCUCUUCCGCCUGGUAGAGCCCUGGGCAGGUCGGAUUCUCAUUGAUGGUGUGGAUAUCUGCAGUAUCAGUCUAGAGCAUCUGCGGUCCAAGCUCUCGGUCAUUCCUCAGGAUCCCAUCCUGCUGUCAGGAACCAUCAGAUUCAACCUAGACCCCUUUGACUGCUAUACAGACCAGCAGAUCUGGGAUGCUUUGGAGAAGACCUUCCUUACUAAGACAAUCUCAAAGUUUCCCCAGAGACUGCAUGCAGAAGUGAUGGAGGAUGGCAGGAACUUCUCAGUGGGGGAGAGGCAGCUUCUCUGUAUUGCUCGGGCCCUCCUCCGCAACCCCAAGAUCAUCCUUAUUGAUGAAGCCACGGCAUCCAUUGACAUAGAGACUGAAGCGCUGAUCCAGCGCACAAUCCGUAAGGGCUUCCAGGGCUGUACGGUGCUGGUCAUUGCUCACCGCAUCACCACCAUCCUCAAUUGUGACCGCAUCAUGGUUAUGGGCAACGGGAAGGUUUUGGAGUUUGAUAGCCCUGUGGUCCUGCGGAAGCGGCCUGGGUCAAUCUUUGCUGCCCUACUGGCAACAGCCGGCUCUUCGCUGAGUUAAGGAGAAAUGGAGAGUUAAGGAGAAAUGGAGGCUCAGCGCGGAUGGAGACUGAGCUCAGUGAGGUCCCCAGAGCACAGUCACAAGCCUUGUAGGCUUUUUCCAAGCUGCUGCUUCUCUUGAUAAAUAGGACUGACAUGGGCCAUGGUGACCAGAUGGAAAAGGAGACAGAGGGAUCAAGCCAUGGAAUCUGCUCCUCUGUGCUACCCCAAACCUGAGAGCCUCAGUUCCAUUUGAGACCAUAGAGUCAAAUGAUCAUUGAUCUCCUUUUAACUCAUAUAUUGAGUCAUUUCAUAAUAUUGUAAAUCUUCUUAUUGUUUUCUGAUUUGACAAAAGUGUUGCAGAUGGUGUACUGACUUUGUACAAAAUAAAAGCAUUUAAAAAGA